CUGAGACGUGACAGACAGCAUCAGCGCCGGAGAGAACAGUCGCGAUCAGUUGAUUUCUGCAACUUUCAAUUUUUCCCCUAUCCCCCAAUCACGCCCGAUAACCAGCUCCUAAAAGCUGUGAUGGUGUUCUUGCUGUACCAGCCAGCCCCAGAUGUGUCUAGAUACGAAGUUUUUCUAAUGUAUAAACUCUUCCGCCAUAUGAGGCACUGCAUUUACUAUCACGAAUGUCCGAUCGGCGGCGAUCACGAUCAUACACGUUGCGUCAUCCGACCUUCUCGAACACGUCGCUUUAUGUACUAAGAGAGGGCGUGUGCUCCUGAAAGCAGAGGCCAGACCUCGCCAACCUACGGAUCUCUGCGCGCAGUGUGGCCCGAGCAGCACAGCAUCUCAACGUCCAUGAAACCCAACCAUACGAGAUCGAUCUUCAUCGGCUCCUCGCGCCCAACCUCUACUUGGCUUGCGUGACAUGUGGAGAACCCGAAGCACAUAUGCAUCUGACUGUUCAGUGACACCAUGGCGCUUUCCUGUUCGACGAUACAAAGCAUGGCGCCUGCCUUGACCACGAAAAGGCUGGACGCUGCUUGGCGUCCGUCCAGCCCUGUCAUAAAAGGAGAUCAAGAUCAUAAAAGGGGGUCAAGAGAAGUAUAUUAAUUCCAAGCGGUUGUGCCUCUCUAUCUUUAUGUUUGCAGCGAGUAUAUUUGACAGUCCUUCAUUUGGCGAAAGGCCCGCUGAGAAAAUCAAUGGAAAGAACCCAAGGGAUGGGGCAGUGGUCCCUGGCACUCACACUGGGAGCACUGAGCCUACUAUGUUCUCGGGUCGCAGCACAAGGAUGUUCAGCACUCUAUGACCAGUGUGGAGGUAUAGGCUGGACCGGUGCUACCUGCUGUGAAUACGGCUCAAGUUGUCAAAUCGAAAACGAUUACUACUACCAGUGCCUGCCCUACGUUGGUAACUCAUCUUGCAGCCCUCCAUACGGGCAAUGCGGCGGCGGAAUGGGCUGGACAGGUCCAUUCUGCUGUCAGUCAGACUGGAGCUGCCAAUAUGUCGACGCCAACUACUCCCAAUGUCUCCCACCAACCAGCAGUGCGGCACCAACAUCAAGCAGCGCACCGAACACGGCGAUCACUUCAGCUUCCCAAACUUCUGCCGCACCGAGUGCGUGUGCCACCAACUGGGGUCAAUGUGGUGGUGAUGGCUGGUCUGGCGCCACAUGUUGCGACAACGACUGGCCUUGUGUCUAUGGAAACGAUUACUACUGGCAGUGUAUCUCGCCUUCAAGUGCAAGUGCACUUUCGGCGACUCAAUCCCCAACCACAUCAGCGCAAUCCGCUUGUGCUACGAAUUGGGGGCAGUGUGGCGGAAUUGGCUGGACUGGUCCUACAUGCUGCAAAGAGAAUUGGCCGUGUGUCUAUGGGAAUGACUACUACUGGCAGUGCAUAUCACCCUCAAGUGCAAGCGCGCUGUCUGCGACCAAGACUUCCAGCUUGACCACAUUUACGACAUCCGCGUCUUCUUUAGUUACAUCUAACUCAACAGCCACGACAACAAGCACAGCUUCCGGUGCUUCGCCCACUGGCUCUCGUGUCCGCUACGGCGGUGUCAACAUUGCGGGCUUCGAGUUCGGCACUUAUGACACAUGCGGUGUCAACACCGGUCCGGCGUACGCAGACCCCAGCUACUUUGUAGCACAAAUCAACCAUUUUGUGGAGGACGACGGUCUGAAUGCCUUCAGACUUCCCGUAUCGUGGCAGUACCUCGUCAACCAAUUUGAUGGUGGCUCCCUGGGAGCAAACCAGCUUGACUCAAGCAAUUUUGCAACCUAUGACCAACUUGUACAGGGCUGCCUCAACUCCGGGGCGUCGCUCUGCAUCAUUGACCUGCACAACUAUGCUCGGUUCAAUGGCUAUAUCGUUGGCCAAGAUGGACCAUCUGCCGCCCAGUUCGCCAGUCUGUGGAGCCAGAUCGCUACAAAGUAUGCUUCUGAGAGCCGUGUUGCUUUCGGGUUGAUGAACGAACCGCAUGACGAAACCUGUAAAUCAAUCCAAAGUGGUGGUGUCAUGGACAUCAUCACUUGGGCAUCGACACUGCAGUCUGCCGUGAACGCUAUUCGUGCGGCAGGCGCUACAUCCCAGAUGAUUAUUCUUCCUGGCAAGGGCUGGACACAUUCUUUGACUUACCUGCCUUCCAACAGCGAUGGCUCUGGACCGGCGUUGAUGGGCAUCACGGAUCCUGCUGGCGGGACGUCACUGCUGAUCUUUGAAGUCCAUGAAUAUCUCGACGCGAACAAUGCGGGAGGGAAUAGUGAUUGCGUCACGAACAACGUCGACUCGUCCUACUACCGUGGUGGUCUUCAGAAUCUUGCGGCCUACCUUCGAUCGAACGGUCGUUACGCGAUGCUCACGGAGUCAGGUGGACUGAACAACGCAAAUUGCGCGACAUAUCUUUGCCAGGAGUUGAGUUUCCUUGCGAACAACACGGACGUCUUUCUUGGGUACACGACAUGGGCCGCCGGCGGUUUCGAUGCAAACUAUGAGUUGACGGAGACGCCAACCCUAAGCGGAAACACAUGGACGGAUACGUCGAUUGUGCAGGCGUGUGUUGCCAAGUGCUUCAGAGACUCUUGUUGAGGGUAUGAUAAUGAUUCCUGAUUCUAGCGGGAAGCCCUUGUAGGCCGCAAGGACUUUCGGGGCUGUUCUCUUAUAGAAUGACACCAUUUUUAAUGCUCACAAAGUCCCAUUCAUCCCCAGCAAGCCAACAAUGCCUCCAAUACCCGCCAGAGCGGCCCGUACCAUGUUCAUCCAUCUC